GCACCUGUUGUUUAUGUCCCCUUGCUUUGAGAAUUCCAAUGACUAUAAAUUUGUAAUUGCUUAUAUAUAUCUCGUGUGUUGCUCAAGCUUUGGAAUUGGGGUGUAUUGUAUUCAAAUCUGUUGGCAUACUAGAUAGUAUUGUGUACAGUGUAACAAGGGAAAAUGUCUUUUUCCAUGUGGGUUCUCAAAGUUUCAAGAAAAAAGAGCAUUUUCUCCACAUUAGAAAUUGCCAUCUUGGUCUAAAAGCUUACUGUAUUGAGGAUUUUCUGUUUCUAUAUUGGGCUUUGCGGUGUGCAUGUAUUCAACUUGCUUGUUUUGAUCACACUGAGACAGAAAAUUCUAAGAUAGUUUUGAUCAUACCGUUUCUAUUUUGGGUUCUCAAAUCUCAUGCAUUCAUUGAGAUUUGCUUGCCUGGAUUGCCUUUAAGGCCAGAAGUUUUGAUAGAGGCAUCUUAGUUUAUGUUGGAUGUUCAGAGGAUUGAUGCUUCUGCAUUGGAUUUUCAAGCACUCUUUCAAAUUGGCUUGUUUUGAUCUCACAAAAGUAUCCUGGUCUUUGCUGAACAUACUUUAGGUUGAUACUUCUGCAUUUCUCAAGCAUUCAUUCAAACUUGCCUUGUUUUGAUUACAUUAGGGACAUCCAAUCUCAUAUGACAGUUCUUGUAUAUAUGUUGUAUAUACAAAAGAUUUCUGUUUCUGCAUUGGAUUGACAAGCAUUCUUUCAAAAUUGAGUUUCGAUCACACCAAGGCCAAACAUUCUCAUCAAGGUACCUAAGAAUGGAAAAGUUAUUCUCAGUUGUCAGCCCUGUUUCUUCUGCAGCCAAUAAGAAAUCAAACAACCCUGAGAGUUACCCUUUUAGUAAAAGUGGUCUGAGCACGGACCAUUCAGACAACUCAUGCAUGGAUAGGCCUCUGGGUUCAGAGUUAAGCUGUACAGAUACCAAAAAGCACAAUGAAGGGCAUGACUAUAUCGGUCUCACGGAGGUAUCAUCUUCUUGUAAAAACACUGAUAAAUGUGGAGGCUGCGAAGAUGGUGAUCUCAAAUUAAGCUUGGAUUUGAGCCUUUGGGUUGGUGAUAAUGUUCCUGAUUCCAUAGGAACAAUGCAACAUGUAGGAAUUCUCACAAAAAGAGAAUUUCACAGUACCGAUACCUUCUCUGAGGAUAGAAGCACUGUAAAAGGAUUGAUUGGGGUGAAAAGGAGCUAUAAUGAAGCAAUUGGGUCUAAUACACAAGGAGGUCAGGAUGGUGGGGUGGCAACUGGCACUACACCUAAUGUAGGCCGAACAAGGCAAGCUCAGUUCAGUGCUCCAGCCUUCUUCAAGAAGAACAGGCAGGAAAAUCCUGGCAUUGACAGGAGCAAUCUGUCCUUGUAUUGGAACAAAUGUAGGCGGUCUCAAGCAUUUGAGAUGAAACAAUCUGGUAUGGAAUUGGUAAAUGGCCUCUGCAACUUGAGCCAGGAUAAAGCAGACCAUCAACUGUCUGGUUCUGAGCCUCGUCCAGGUGCUGGUGAACCUCCUACAAAGAUUCAAGCAACUGGUUGGCCUCCGAUUAGGGCAUGCAGGAGAAAUUCACUUGACUUCCACCCUAAGCCUUCUGGAGAAAAGCAAGCCAUAGGUUGGCCUCCUAUUCAGGCAUACAGGAAAAAUUCUCUUGGUUCUCAUCCCAAGUCCUCUGGAGAAAAUCAAGGUGCCCAAGGAAACUCACGAUAUGUCAAGGUGAACAUGGAUGGUGUAGCCAUUGGUAGAAAAGUGGACCUGAGUUCCCAUGAAUCUUACGAUACUCUUGUUCAAGAUUUAGAAAAUAUGUUUCAACCAAGCACUGAAAGUCAGAAUGGAUCUCGAACCACCAUGGGAAUUCAGUAUGGGGCCAAAAGUAGUUCAAUGCAGCUUUUGGACCGCACUUCUGAUAUGGUUCUGACAUAUGAAGACAAGGAAGGAGAUUGCAUGCUUGUAGGGGACAUUCCAUGGAAAAUGUUUGUCAACACAGUGAAGAGAUUGAGGAUCAUGAAAACAUCAGAAACAAACGCCCUCGCUUAAAGACUCCCAAAGAAGCGAAGUACUAAAAUUGCACUCAUCAAUCUCAGUCUCAGAGCAUCCUGGAUCUCCUUGCUAAAUUCGUUAAAGCUAAGAAAUCUGUCAGAUCACAAGAUUCUAAUUCUGUCAUUAGUAUAGUUGCCAAGGAACUCUACUAUUAGGACCACUACUGCCUCUGUGUCCCCAUACCCACAUCUUCUGGUGACUAUAUUUAUAUAGAACAUCUCUUGUUCAUUUAUUCCCAUACCCUAAUUUGAAAUGGAGUCUUCAUCCUUACACAUACCCCCAGUCUGGACAUGACUAUCAUCAGUAACAACAAUGUUGCUCUGUUUUAAUAUGAUUGUCAAACUCCAUUUCUUUGAUGUGAUCAUUAUUUCUUUCAUUGUCCAUUUGCCUUCAUUCUGUAAUAUGAACAUCAAUUGGUAAUUGUAUCAUAUUGGUGGUAUACAUGGGUUUCAAGUAAACGUUAAACAUUCUGUAAUUGUAUGAUACUGGUUAUACUUGGGUUUCAAGUAAAUACAAUACAGUCAAUUGAUAAGUGUACCAUACCAGAGUUAUGGAUUUCAAAUAGAUAAAAUAAAGUCCAUUGAGGUGGUUCCAAACA